AUGAAGCUAAAUUCAUCAUUUAUAUCUGAGGUGACUAACACCACUAAAGACUCCUUCUACUUCAUCCUCACGGGCAUACCUGGAUUUGAGGCUUCCCACAUCUGGAUCUCCAUUCCCUUCUGCUGUCUCUACACCAUCUCCAUCAUGGGCAACAUCGCCAUUCUCACUGUCAUCCGCACAGAGCCAUCCCUCCACCAGCCCAUGUAUCUAUUUCUCUCCAUGCUGGCCCUGACCGACCUGGGUCUCACCCUCACCACCCUGCCCACAGUCAUGCCACUCCUCUGGUUCAAUGCUCGAGCAAUCGGCUUUGAAGCUUGCUUCACACAGAUAUUUUUUAUUCAUACAUGCUCCUUUAUGGAAUCUUCUGUGUUGUUGGCCAUGUCCUUUGACCGCUAUGUGGCCAUCUGCCGCCCCCUCCAUUAUGUCACCAUCCUCACCAGUCAGGUCAUUGGCAGAAUUGGGUUAGCCAUCAUUUGCCGCUGUGUCCUGGCUGUGCUUCCUUCCCUUUUCCUACUCAAGCGCCUGCCCUUCUGCCGUUCUCGCCUUCUCUCUCACUCGUACUGCCUCCACCAGGACAUGAUUCGCCUGGUCUGUGGUGACAUUCGGUUCAAUAGCUGGUAUGGAUUUGCUCUAGUUUUGCUCAUUAUUGUGAUGGACCCUCUGCUCAUCAUGCUGUCCUAUGCAAUGAUUCUGAAAAGUGUCCUGGGAGUAGCCUCCAUGGUUGAGAGACUCCGGGCCCUCAACAACUGUCUGUCCCACAUUCUGGCUGUUCUGGUUCUCUAUGUUCCCAUGGUUGGACUUUCUAUGACCCACCGCUUUGCCAAGCAUGCCUCUCCUCUGGUCCACGUCACCAUGGCCAAUAUCUACCUGUUGGCACCUCCUGUGAUGAACCCCAUCAUUUAUAGUGUAAAGACUAAGCAGAUCCGCCAAGGAAUUAUCCACCUCCUUUCCCAAAGAAAUGUGCAUUUAAGAUAA